AUGAUUGCUCGAUCCAGACGUAUUUCAAACAAAGCAAAAGAAUCAUCUACUAAUAUUACUUCUCAAUCGACUAUCGAUAAUACUGUUGCAACACAACAAAAACCUUCUGUUCAUUCCCAUCAGCAAGAGUUGUUACAAUUAGACGAUUCUACGAAUGAUCAACAAUGGCAUAGAGUUAGUUCUAAUAAAGGACAACGCAGCAAAGGAACUACAAUUCGACGGGAGACGGUUGAUGAAAGUCAAUCAACUAAUAAAAUGAUCAAAGUAUCAUCAACUAAUUCUGAAAAUCCAAGGACACUAUCAUCAUCAUCAUCAUCACAUAAACACAAUUCUGUUUCACAUGAAACAACACAGUCGCAUUAUCAUCCAUCACGACACCGUUCUGCUCGUGAUCCAUCGACCACACCAGUUCCUAUUUUAACAGAAAAAAAAAGUUUACCGCUUGAUACAUCUUUAAUUGCUACUAAUCGAGAACUGACAUUACGUCAGUUAACGGAACACUUAUGGACAACUCGACUACCGUCAUCAAGGACGGCAUGUUCGAUGUCUAUACGUUCACGUUGUUCAUCAGCACCAACAUUUGAAUGUGGUGGUGUUCAGAAUAAAGCAACAAAAACUGGUCGGAAUGAUAGUGAAAAAGUAGAAAAUAUCGAUUGGGAUGAACCAGAUAUGGCUGAUGAGGGUAAUUCUAGCUGCUUUUAUCCCUGCUAUUUUAUUAUUAAUAACGCUUGGUUUGGUAACUGA